GUCGUUGUCACUGGUCAGUCAAUACUAUAUUCCUAAAAAUAAAACAGCUGGCUACUCAGUACUUCCUAUAAAUCUAGCCAUGGAUUUGCAAUCUUAUUUUCAUCCACCAAACUACACACAUAAACAACACAAUUACGUACACAAUAACAGCAGAAACAAAUGUGUCACAACCAUCUAUUUCUAGUAUUGGCAUUGGCAUGUCUGUCAGUGUCACAAAUCUCAGUAGCUGCCUCACCCAUUGCUUUACCAGGGUGCAAGGAAACUUGCGGAAACAUUAGCAUUCCUUAUCCUUUCGGCAUUGGUCCUAUAUGCUCACAAAACCCUUGGUUUGAAGUCGAAUGUCUCGAAAAUUCAUUCAAGUUAAAAAAACUUGGAAUUUUCGGGUCCAAAAUAACUUUGGACCCGGUCAAUGGGGAACGCACUUUGGUAUCAAUCGUUCCAUGUAGUCGCAUUUGUGGGGGAGACGGAAACCCACAAACUCAAGUGUUUUCAAAUUCCGAUAAUUUAAAAGGAAGUCCAUUUUUAUUCUCUAGAAAACGUAAUGUUUUAUUAGUAAACUCAUGUGGAAGUGACGUAAUUAUACGUGACAAAAACAACAAACCGCUGGGCGGAUGCGCAGCAGUUUGUAACACUAACACGUCUACUAUAGGUGUAGAUUGUUAUGGCAUUAAUUGUUGCCAAACAACAAUCUCAUCUUCGAUUGAUUUUUACUCUUUAGAAGUUAGUAGUAUUGGUAGUAAACGUACUAUUGGUGAUGAAUGUACGAGAGCAGUUUUAGUGGAUGCUAGUUUUAUACGUAACAAGAAAAAAAAUCUAAUGCAUUUUCAAGGUUUGUGUGAUCCAGCUUAUGUUGUGUUGGAAUGGAGUGUCAAAGAUUUGCCAGUUAAGACAGCUAGUUAUGCGGACGCUUCUUGUGUUAGUAAAAGUCCAAGUGCUGAUGAUGCGGGAGGUUAUGUUUGUCGUUGCAAAAAUAAAUCUUUAGGCAAUCCUUAUCUUCCUUAUGGUUGUCGAGGUCUUAAUUAACAUGGGAAAUCAUACUUAUUGGCAGAUGGUCCAAAAGCACGUUUGUCUGAGAGUUCAUCCACACACAAGGACGUGCAAAUCCAUUGAGAAACGCAAAGUGGCACACGCAUGUAAUGGUAGCACGUGAAGGGUCGCACGUGUCUGUACUGAUAGUUCGACAUCCAUAGAUAUACAGAAGGAUGUUCAAACAUAUCCUUUUUUCAAUUUUAGCUUAAAGAAUAAUUAGCUUGGACUAUGUUUCUUAAGCCUGUUUAUUAGUUUAUGAGUUUAAGCAUGUGUAAUUUUAUUCACAUGUAGUGUGUGUUCCUUGCUACAUGCAUUAUGUUAUGAUGUAUUUUGUGUUAUUGAGUUAAACAGCCAUUAUGUGUGAGCACUCUUGAGUGUUCCAUCGUUGCUACAUCAAACAAAACCUUUUAAAAUUGUUUAUAUCAACUAUUCCUCUUAAUAAAUCAAACCUUUGUGGGA